AAGCUUAUUAAUUGCAAUGGCAUUAGCAGCACCAAUUUCUACGCUUCCAAUUUAGAGUCUCACAAAGGAUGCACCUUAUGUCAUGAGACAGGAGGUGGCACCAAAAGCAGCAUUUAUAAUGAUAAAGCAAUUUAUAUGGGAAACCAUUUAUCGGGCAGAUGGUGGAAGGAUGAUGAUCAACAGUGAUCAUCAGCGAGAAAAACAGCAUUCUCUUACCAGACGCAAUACUCUAACAGAAUUUCAUAACUUCAUUGAUGCUUCAAGUGAUCAUGAUCAAUACCGAUCACCUUUCGAUUUUACUUGGAAUAUAACUAAAAGCAAUGUCUAUGAGAGGUUCCUAAAAAACCAAUUUGGAAGAAACUACCAUAUGGAAAAAGACGAUACAACAAAAAAUAGAUUAUUUAAGAAUUGGAAAGACUUACGUCAGUUGGCAGCAAGUUAUCCUCAGUUUGGGUCUAAAGUCAGAAGUCGUUUAAAUCCUGUUACUGUUACUGAAAAUCAACGAAGAUCACUUAGUAGUAUUGGAAAAUCUACAUAUCUGUUAGAUUUAAAUCGCAGUAGUGAUAGUACCAUUAAAAUUGGUGUCAGAAGUAAUCAUGAUCAUGAUUAUUUUAGAGAUUACCAUGUUCAGGCCAAACUCCAAAAUAGCAUUGAAGAUGAGAGAGAAAAAAAUCAGAAACAUCAUUUUGAACCAAACCACGAAGAACACAAUAAGAUCGAUAAUCACGAAGAUUACUUUGGUAAUACUCAGGAAAUAAUAACAUUUGCAGAGGAGGGGACUCAAUAUCGACAGUAUCGAAUACUUGAGUUUACACCUCAAAAUCGCCGUGUUGUUCCUCCUAACCAAAAACUAUCGAUACGCAGUGCUCAGAUACACAUUCUGAUCGAUAAACCUAACAAUUAUUGGAUCGACAAGGCGAAAACGACAAAUUUUCAGAACGAAGAAUAUGUUUUAAAUGCCAAGCGAAAAUGGCGCAAACACAAAAUCAAAAUAUGGAUAUUUGAGUUAACAGCUGGCAUAAACAUUACGGAGAAGGGCAUUGACAAGGCUAUACUUUUCCGCGCUUCUUUUGAGGUUAAUACAAAACAUUUGGGAUGGCAAAAAUUCGAUUUAACUGAAACGAUCCGUGAAUGGUACGGAGGCCAUGGCGGCAACGAAAAGCUGAGACUCCUUAUCGAUUGCACUGGCUGUGGUGGUCGUUACUCUUUGCACCUAUUUCAAACAUCGAAAAUAAGUGAUAAUUCGUCAGAAAACACGAUAAACAUAAAUCCGAAUCGACCAUUUCUGGUUCUGCACACGGAAUCGGCGAGAACGCGACGAGUCCGGCGACGUGCUGUAGAUUGUGGCGGUGCCUUAAGUGGCCAGUGCUGCAAAGAGUCAUUUUACGUAUCCUUUAAGGCGCUCGGUUGGGAUGAUUGGAUUAUUGCUCCCAGAGGUUACUUUGCCAACUACUGUCGUGGUGAAUGCACAGGAACGUUUCGAACCCCGGACACAUUUCAAACGUUUCAUGCUCACUUUAUUGAGGAGUAUCGAAAACUUGGUCUCCUUAAUGGAAUGCGACCCUGCUGCGCACCCAUAAAGUUCUCCAGCAUGUCCUUGAUCUACUACGGUGAUGAUGGUAUCAUAAAAAGAGACUUGCCCAAAAUGGUUGUUGACGAGUGCGGUUGCCCUUAGCCGCUUGUUUCGUUAUCUCUGGCAUUUGUAUGUUAUAUCUUCCGUCCAAUAAUACACAUGGAACAUCACUUGGAUAUCUUCAAACGGCAAUAUUUAAUAUAAAAAAUAAAAAAUUGUAAAACCACAAUGUUAUUGCCACAGAUUUGUCUUUUUUUAAUAUUAUUAGUAUUAUAUUGUAAAAUAGGCUGAUUGACAAUAUUUGUGUAAAUUUACAUGACAAAUGCAAAAUUAUGAAGUGCCUAUUUCAAUCCAAAUACAUUAUAAAAUCGUGUAU